UGCUCAGGGACAUGGUUUAGUGGUUGAUAGGAAUGGUUGGACUUGAUGAUCCAAGAGGUCUUUUCCAACCUGGUGCUUCUAUGACCAGGAUCUGGAUCCGCAGCUGUGACUGGGGCGUUGUGAUGAGUUCGAGUUGGGACCUGGAAGCUGGACCCAGGGCGUUGUGAUGGGCACAGUGCUGUUGCUUGGCAACCCAACCCCUGCAGGUCACCCAACGAAGCCGCCCCUGCCCACCCCAGUACACAGGGUGUGAAGAUGCCGGGGGUUGGUGCAGGUAAUGGAGUCUCAGAGCUCUCAUGUUGACAUUCAAGAGAGCACAUCACCAACUUCUGAAAGUGGAGAUGAGAUUGAGUUUAUUGGAGAAGAACCUUUAAGACCUGUACUUGAAUGCAUUGAUCUCGUCAGUAGUGAGGAUGAAGAACCUAACAGCAGUUCUUGUGUUCAUAGAAAUAUUAAGCGUAAAGAUCACAUUGACUAUCAGAAAGAACGAGUUGCAUCAACCUUGGAUCGUCUGGCACGCCAUGUUGAAGUAGAGAAACAGCAAAAAGAAGAGAAAAAUAAAGCCUUUAAGGAGAAAGUUGAUUCCCAAUAUGCUCACGGAUUGCAAGAACUAGAAUUUAUUCGGGAACACAGUGAUACAGAAGCUGCAAGAUUGUGUGUUGACCAGUGGUUAAAAAUGCCAGGUCUCAAACCAGGCACUGUUAACAGUGGAAAAAGGAGUGUCCAUAAGAGGGGAGGUCAGAUGCCAGUCAACAGCAGUCCCAUAUCUUGUCCUGUGAUGCAUUGUAACAGAGAGUUUGAUAAUAGACAUCUUCUCCUAGGUCACCUUCAAAGGUUUGAUCACUCUCCUUGUGACCCAACAAUCACAUUACAUGGACCCCCAAAUAACGCUGUUGCCUGUGUGAUAUGCUGCAAAAGAUUUUCAACCUCUCAGCAGUACAAUGACCACCUAUUAUCUAAGAUCAAUGAAAAUGAUGGACAUAAAAAAGAUCUCCCUCCACAGCAUAUUCAGUGUUUUGCAUGCCCAAAUUGCUUCCUUCUUUUCACCAAGAGAGACGAGUGCUUGCAGCAUAUGUCAGGGAAGAACCACUUCCUCCAGGUUUCUAAAUUGAGUGAUGAAAUGAAGGCUGACCUUCCUCUACCUUUCCCAUCAUAUGCAAAGAACCUUCUGAUAUCUCUGUGCAAAGAGGUCCCCUUCCAAGUGAAGUGUAUAUCCUGUUACCAGAUACUGCGCUCGCACAUGGAAUUAACGGCUCAUUUCAGAACACGCUGUCAUAAUUCUGGGCCUGUGGCAGUCUCAAAGAAAAGCAUCUCCCAAGUUGCAGAGAUAUUUAAAACUGUAGGGUACUGUGAGAACUGUGAUCAGCUGUUUGCUGAUAAGAAACAGAUCACGCAGCAUAAGCAAACCACUCACCAUAACGUUAGAGCUCUUACUACAAUGGAAGAGUCCAUCUUGAUGUUCUGUCAUAUCAACCGAAAAAACCAGAAUCAGUCUCAUUUGUGCGAUGUUGUGGAUCGGUCAAGACCACUGCUCAAAAGACAUUUGACUUCGAGUGAGUCUACCGGUGAAAGGGGAUCUACUCCCUCAAAACGGAAGAGCAAUUUGAAAGAUAAAAGUGAAGAUCAUGUAGCAAAGCAAAGGCAAGGUAGUGCUGGCAAAGUAAAAGCCUGGUUUUGUGAAUGCUUUCGAAAGUUCUUCACAGAAGAGUCAGUAGAAAAGCACAUUUUAGCAGCCAACAGGAUCUGUCACAAGUGCGCUGUGUGUGGAAAGCUUGCGGAAAACUCGAGCAUUAUUCGCCUGCAUAUGAGUCGGUUCCAUGGGGGAGCACACUUGACGAAUUUUCUUCUCUGGUGCAGAGCGUGCUCUGUAGAUCUCAGAGAAGAGGAUAUUAUGGGACACGUGACUGAAUGUCAUGGUGGACAUAGUUACUAUUAUGAGCAAGAAGCUCUAGAAGAUGAACCUAUGGCAUCUGUUUCUGACACAGCGUGCAUUUCUGCAGGUGGAAGGAUAGACAGCAAUCCUAGUCCUGUAGAACUCUCCCCUGAAAAAAGAACUGUUCUGGGAAAAUGGCAGUGCCGCAUUUGUGAGGAGAUGUUUGAAUCUGAAGAGACUGUUAAACAGCAUUGCAUGUCCUUGGAAAGCCAUGCAUUUCACAGAUAUUGCUGCGGCUUAUGCAGAAAUCACUUUCGGAAAGUAGGAACUCUCCAGCGACACUUCCAAGAGCAUCACAGCCAGGAGAUAGAGACUAAAUACUUCUGUGGCCUUUGUGGUAAUCUCUUCUUUGACACAGAAAAAGAAUUUCUAGUCCAUUAUGAGGAGAUUCAUAGCAGGGACUAUGCAUUUGUACCUGAACAGGUGGAAGUAUCAAUAAAACAAGAAGAGGACUUCCUUCCAGUAGAAAAUGGAGACCGUUUAAACUGUGGUUGCCGGACAACUUAUGUCUCCAAAGUAAACAAAAGGAAUGAUUAUGUGAAUUGUCAGAAAGCCAUGCUGCAAAAAGGAAACUUAUGGUUUCGAUGCUGCUUCUGUUCUGCAACUGCACAGAACUUUGCUGAUUUGAACCGACAUCUCGCCAGUCACUCGUCAGUGAAACAUAAGGAAGAAAUUUAUGUUGUGAGAUGUGCUGCGUGCAACAAAAACUUCGACGAUCUCCAGAGCGCACAUGAGCAUUAUCACGUGAAACACUGCUUUUUGCAGAAACCCGAUCUCUCAAAUCUUGCAUCACAAUCUGAAAAUAAAGUAUUCAAGUUCUCAGCAAGCGGGGCUAGUGUGGACAGAAAACCUCACAAGCUAAAAUUCCAAGCAUCUCCAUCCAAGACUCGGGGAAGGACACCGUCGUCUCCUCUACAAGGACCAGUACAGGGAAAGAAAGAGAAAAAAGAAAACUCGGCACACUCUGAAGAAUGUGAUGAAGAUGGUGAACUUCCUGAUCUUGACUACCUGAGUACCAUGACUCACAUUGUGUUGGUGGAUCUGGACAACUGGGGAAGCUUAUUCACACAGCUGCCAGCUAACCUGAACCAAGGGACAUUUAUCUGGGGCUUUCAAGGAGGAUACAGCAACUGGAAACCUCCAGUGCAGUGCAAGAUUUACAAUUACCUUAAGCGAAUUGGUUGUUUCUUUCUUCAUCCACGUUGUGGUACCAGAAGAGAAGCAGCAGACUUUGCUCUCUGUGUUCACGCUGGUCGUCUGGAUGAGCAUCUGCCCAAGCAAAUUCCUUUCACUAUACUUUCUGGAGACAAAAGCUUCCUGGAACUGGAAAGUCAAUUUAAGAUGACUCAACGGUCAGCUCGCAUCCUAAAUCCUCACCACAUUGAAGGAGAUAUGAUGUGUGCCUUGCUUAAUAGCAUUUCAGAUACCACGAAAGGUUCCGAUAGCGAAGAGGAUGAAGAUAUUAAACUGAUAAUGAGGAGGAGCUUAGAAGAAACAAAGAAAGAGGAAGAGCAAGAUGCAGAAUUAGAAGAAGCUAUCAAGAGAAGCCUUGAGGAAAUGUGAAUUAAAAUACUUCAGUACAGCAACGCCAUGUCAUUAGAGCUGCUUACAAAAACAGAAGCUUGUUCAUCUAUUUACAAAAGUUCAGAAAUACCACUUCAAAAACAUGCCUGUAUCUUGAUUUGUUAGACUUAUAACCUGAUAUAACCUCUGUCAUGCUGAUGAACAGCUGGAAUUUAUGAAUAUCUACUGCAGUAUAUCGUGUAUGAUAAAAAUAAUUUUUUAAGCCUUUACGUAUUCUGUUUCUAAUGGGUGAUGACUAAGUCUCUCCAGUCUAGCUCUCUAAGUUGUUCCCUAAUCAGUAGGCUGGUCUUACUAGGUAUUUUGGGGGGUUUCAUUGUUGUUUUUUUAAAAUCAGUUCUUGUAUUUAAGUUUUCUGUCACAAUUUGUCGUUGUCUUAAUUUACUUUUUCAUGUGGUCUUUGCAACAGAUAAAAAUAGUAAACUCCAAUUAUCUCAGAUUUGCCUCACUAAUCUUGUUAUAAAGAGAAGCUUAAGUCCCGGGUUUACAAAUUGAACAUAUGGUCUAACUCUUGCCUGUGGUCAGUCUCACCUCAUAGACCAUAAUUUUGUCUGUCUUGUUUGUUAUAAAUGUACAGUCUGUGAUCCUGAUUCUGACGGUUAGCUUUUUAGCUUUAUUUUUAUAAAUGUAUAUGUUUUCUUAAUAGUAGCAUUGUAGGGUGUUGGAUUUUCUGGCUUAAAGUUUGACAGAUUAAGCUCCUCCCUCUGAUCUGAGGCUGGAACAACUUUGUAAGUGAACAGAAGCUAAAUAAACUUUGUAGUUCCCGUUUGGAAUUGAUCUGAGAGAAUUAAAGCUGUAUUAUUCCUAUAUUCUAUUCUCCUUGCUCCCUUCUGUUCAUGAAGAGGGGGCCUUGGAUAAAUUAAUGUCAACAUGUUAAUUAUUUUGAUACUGUCCUUAUUUUAAGGUGAAAAUUAUUUGUGUUUAUUUAUCCCAACUUCUCACUUCAUUUAAAAUUACCUAUGCAAGCUGUCCAGCUUUACCAGCCUAUCCUACUUCAGUUAAUGACUGCUGUCAAUCAGUAAGAAUCUCAUUGUAAUAAAAUGCCAGGUUGAUUUUUUUUUAAUUAUUAUUUAUUAGUCUGUGAGUUUACUUCUAACUGCUGUCAAUCUAAAUAUUUAUUAUGCGAAAGUAACCCCUUUUGUGGUGAGUAAGACAAGGGGAAGGCUAGAUUUUUGUCACUCUGUAAUUCAAGGAGUCAGAAUAACUACAGUUAUGGUUCAUCGUGGUUAGAAAAACUGGGAAACUGACACUGGUUUUUUUCCAACCUUGAUUCUGGUAUAAUUUCCAUCUAUGAAACAAAUAGAAUUAACUAAUAGAAUACAGUGAGUUAUCUCUGUGCUCAUUAACAGCCGUACAACUUGAAGAAACUGUUCAGACACCAAAAAAUAGUUUAAAUUCUUCCAGUGCAUUUGACUCUGACACUUGCGUGUCAUAGAGUCAACAAGACCUCUGAAUGGUUUCCUUUUAUGCCUGCUGCUUGCUUUCCCACUGCAAAUCUCUGAUUAAAUGCACUCCUGGUCAAAUCCAGGUGUGCAGUUCAUCCUGCUGCUGAGGAAGCCUUGUUCUAGAAGAUUUUGAGUUGCCUUUAGCUACUGGCUCAAGCUAAAUCAGUUCCACGGGUUUUUCACACCAAGUUCUUCUAAUAAAGCAUGGAAUGAGACAGAAAACAGUUUUCACGCCCAAAAACGUGAGUCUGACUUAUAUGGGCUUUUGGGUAGGGUGAUUUUUCUUUUUUUCUUUUUUUUUUUUUCAGUGCAGACCCUGAAGUUGCAAAGUCCUUUCAAAGUGAAAGAUGUUUCAGCUGGAGGAAAAAGUGCUUGUCUUGAGGAAUGUUUAAAACCUGGGUAGGUGGUCUUUGCCAGUCUGCUAUGUUAGCUUUUGAUUAUGUGCUUUAUUCCUCAUCAUUUUCCUUUUUUCUGUUGUAAAAGUAAAGUUCGCUUGUACCUGAUGGGCCAUGACUUAAUUGCUUUAAAAAAAGCCGCGUGCACACACGCGUUCUCUAUACUUGGCACUCUGGUUAUUCAACGCGUUGUAUGGGCAGCCUCGUCUACUGAUUGAAACAAGCAGCAAAUCCCAACCACUGAUGCCUCCGGCUUUUUUAUAAAACGGCUACAAAGUCUUCUAGCCUCUGUAUUCUCCUUAUGUUGAAAGUAGUCUCCAGGAUUACCGAUGUCUUCAAAUUUGUCCUCAUUGUCUUUGGUCUCUUUGAAGUUCUCUUAACUCUGACAUUUUUCUUUGCAAAAUUUUCUGCCACCGCAGGCUUGUGCUUGAUACUUAGGUUUCCAGAAGAGCAGGGAAAAUUGGGUUCUUAAAACGCUACACGUCCAGACAUGUGACUUUUUACUCAUCGACAUAUGUAGUACUGGCGUUUGUUCUUCAGCUGGAAAAGGUGUCUUGUAAAUGGUUGUGUUUCAGAAUUUAAUGUUUCUGGCUGGGAAGUCUUGUUUAACUGGCUGAAAUUUUUGAGGUUUGCAUUGCAUACGCAGAGAGAUUUGUCUGCAUUUAUGAGCACAACUCAUCUGUCAAAAGGAGCUUGCCCAGCAUCCUUUGUUUGUACCAGAAGACAUUUGUCCUACGCUUUUUAAAAGAAUUUUCUUUUGUGGUGACCAUUCAUUGGUCCACAGUAAUCCUGUGGUGCUUUUUCUUACUUAAUCUUAAUGAAGCAAAAGUCUAAUCUCCACCUCCCUGCCACCAGCUGUCCCUUUUAUUGCUCUUCAUUUCUUUACAGUGCAUGCGUAAGUUCUACAAAACUGAAAUCAGGACAGGUUGAGAUUGGUACAAGGUUCUUAUCACUUCGGUGCUUUGCAUGCCGUGUUCUUUCAUAUCAUACAAAAUCCCUCUUUUAUUCCCAUUCAGAGACAAGAUGAGAUUCCAAAUAAGUCGGUGUUUCAGUGGAUGGAGCACUAAAAAAUCACACCAGCCUGGCUGCUUCUGUAGUUUAAUAGUAUAAAAAAAAAUUGAGAUGAGAUUACUGCAAGGUACUUGCUUUGUAUAUGUUUUUGGGGGGUAGUUAAUUUUCUUAGCUCUUCCAGGUAUACAGAAAUGACCGCUGCUGUUCCUAUAGCGGUUGCAGAAUGCAAAGCUUUACUGAAUCUUUACCAAAUAUGGUGAAGUUCAUAGAGGUAUGAAGUUACGCUGUCUUCUUUCUUAAAAGGAAAGUAUUCUAUCAUCAGCUUGUGUUGUCCUAGCAAUGUUUACAAUGACUGCUGUUGUAAAUUGGAAGGAGGUGAGCGAGGCUGGAUGACGAAUUGUUUCAAAAUUCAUUUUAAAAAGUGGCUGACAUUAGCACAAAGAGACUUUCUGACUUGCUUUUUGUCCAGCUAAGUAGCUUUAAUAAAGUCUGCACCUGCAUAUUUCUUUUGGCAUGUCUAAACCACUUCAAGUUUCCUGUGGAAAGUCUUUUAUUCAAAUGGUUUAGAGAUCAGUUGUAACAAUCUGGGUCAAAUAAUAUGGCCUGAGAUAUUAUAAGAGUGGAUUUAAACAAGUCAACGGAUUUAUGACAAGUAGCAAGGACACACAAUGUGUGCACUCAGAGGGCAAAAGCUCUGUGCAUGUGGAAAUGUAAUGUAAAAUUCCCUUCGUAAAUCUCUGCAACCAUCCUUUCAUUGACUGCAGUGUCCUAAUUUCUUUUGGAGCUCUGAGGGAGACAACAACGACAGUCAGCUGAGUAUCUGCAGCUGGACGGAAUUCACUGCCUCAUUUAUUAGGCAGUUUUCCUCCCUGUGAGAGCAAACUGCCGCAUGCCCCAAAAUGGUUAUGCCGGCUUUCAGAUUGCUUCUGAGAUAGAAGACUUGGUUCAGGCUUCUGACAGGCGUAGGACCUCGGGGCUUGCCUACAUAGUGAAACGAUUGCAACGUGUGUAGGCAAAUCCAGGGCUAGCAUUAAUUAGCCUUGGUAACUAACAGUAAAGAAGCAGCGGCAGAGGUUCAGCAGGUGCUAAGUGAGGGGGCAGCCCACUGUGAUAGCAGCUCCGUGUUUUGAUUAAAAACAUAUCUGAGAAUCUCACGUUGGGCCAUCUUCACUGCUAUUGCUACAGUGGUGGGUAGACUGCAAGGUGGCUUUGGUUGGCUGGCCCGAGCCCUGCUUGCAUCAUAGAAUCAUAGAAUAGUUUGGGUUGGAAGGGACCUUAAAGAUCAUCCAGUUCCAACCCCCCUGCCAUGGGCAGGGACAUCCCACUGGAUCAGGCUGCCCAAGGCCCCAUCCAACCUGACCUUGAACACCUCCGGGGAUGGGGCAGCCACAACUUCCCUGGGCAACCUGUGCCAGUGUCUCAUGGUGAAGAAAUUCUUCCUAAUGUCUGGCCUAAAUCUGCACCUCUCCAGUUUAUACCUGUUCCCCCUGGUCCUAUCACCACAAGCCAUUAUGAACAGUCCCUCUCCAGCUUUCUUGUAGCCCCUUCAGGUACUGGAAGGUCACUAUAAGAUCUCCUCUGAGCCUUCUCUUCUCCAGGCUGAACAAGCCCAAUGCUCUCAGACUGUCCUUGUAUGGGAGGUGCUGCAGCCCUCUGAUCAUCUUUGUAGCCCUCUUCUGGACCUGUUCCAACAGCUCCAUAUCCCUCUUAUGCUGAAGAUUCCAGAACUGUCCACAGGAUUCCAGAUGAGGUCGUUCCAGACAUUGUUCUGGUAUGUAUGGGAACUGUUGUGUUUCUGUACCACCCAUGUAUAAAGAAGAUUCUUUAGAUGAAGUUCCUGUAGGUGAAGAGAGGAAAAUAAUCUGGCAUGACAUUUCUUGGGUGUGGACUUUCUCUUUGAUCCUAUUCCAUGACAGCUCGUGUGUAAGUGUCGGGAUAUGUGACAAGGUACGUAUCAGGAUCUGAAAUAAAGCAAAGUUGGAACUAGCAAUGUGACAAUUUGGUGUAGAUCCCUGGCUCUGGGACUUCUCCACACACGUCAGACAUCCAAGGCCUGGGAAAGUUGCUCUUUCUGUGUUUCCAGAGGACCUUUUACACGUAAAUGAGACUUCACUGUAUGUUGCUCUGGUUUGCAAGCGGCACCCCUUUUUUUAUGAUGCUGUAGUUCCAACAAGAGAUGGCCAGUGGCUUCACUGCUGAGGUGGGAACGCAGAAACCAUGAGAUACACACCCUCUCCUCAUGCUGUAGCUGGUGCCCAUAGCCAGAGCAGCGCUGUGCGGUGGACACAGCCAUAAGGAAGAUGAGGAGAAGGGAACACAGGGAUGGCAGCACCAGCAAUCCUUACCUGGCUGUCGCCCUCCUUUACCACAGACCACAAGGAGGAGAACAGAAUCCAUGCUUUGUUUCAGAUGUGAGCUCCCUACAACCUCCUGUUGCCUUGUGGCCUUGAAGGACCUAAUUCCUGCUGUUUGUGUCCACAAACUCCUUCUCCCAAUUCAGAUGUGAGCCACUUCCAAUCCUCCAGCCUCCGGGGAUGGGGCAGCCUGCUUCUCUUUCUAGCCCAGACUUCUGUUUUUUUGGAAAAAUGGUGACUACUGCCUCUUUGUGUACCUUACCAAGAAAUAGAGGGGAU